UGUAGAAUCUGUCAAGUCUGGACAGUAGCCCGUGCCUGCGUGCAGUUGGAGCCAGCUUGCUCCAGGCGUGAUGGGAAUCCUCUCAUUCCUACUGCUGCCUGCCAUUGAGAGUGACUGGGCUGACUUCAAGUUCUCACAGACUUUGGGCCACAUGCUACUGUGGACAGCUGUGCUGUGUCUGGCUCUUGUGACUGGGACAAGUGCAGCUCUCCCGAAGGCUGUGGUGAAACUUGAGCCUCCAUGGAUCCAGGUGCUCCAGGAAGACAGCGUGACACUGAGGUGCCAAGGGUCCCACGACCUUUGGAACCAUUCCACCCAGUGGUUCCACAAUGGUAGUCCAAUCCCAACCCAGGUCCAGCCCAGCUAUGAGUUUAAGGCCAAGAUCAAUGACAGCGGGGAGUACAGGUGCCAGAUGAUCCAGACCAGCCUCAGCGACCCUGUACAUCUGGGUGUGAUAUCUGACUGGCUGCUGCUCCAGACCCCUCAACUAGUGUUUCAAGAGGGGGAAACCAUCUUGCUGAGGUGCCACAGCUGGAAGAACAACCUUCUGAACAAGAUUAUAUUCUACCAGAAUGGAAAAUCAAAGAAGUUUUCCCAUUUCAGUGGCAACUUGUCCAUUCCAAAAGCAAACCACAGUCACAGUGGUGAUUACUACUGCAAAGCAAAUAUAGGAAAGAUGUCAUAUACAUCACAGUCUGUGGCCAUCACUGUCCAAGGUUUUUCUCCUCCAGGGUCCAAGUCAAGUGACUCUUCAUUGGUAUGGACGAUUGUGGCUGUGGUCACUGGGAUUGCUGUUGUGGUCAUCAUCGUCACCAUAGCAGCCUUAUCUUACCUCAAGCGAAAGUGGACUCCAGCUUUCUCAGGAAACCCUGAGCACAGGGAAAUGGGAGAGACCCUCCCCGAGGAACCAGCCGGUUCCACUGAUCCUGAGGAGGCUGCCAAAGCGGAGGCUGAGAAUACAAUCACCUAUUCACUUCUCAUGCACCCGGAAGCUCCAGAGGAAGGAACAGAGCCUGACUAUGAGAACCAAAUCUAAUCCCCUUUGUCUUGUCCCGGGAUCUGGGGAAGAGAGUCAGAGGUGAGGAUCUGGUGUCUUCUGGCCUGAAUUCUUGGAGUCAAGGGGAUGUUGCAGUUAUGAAGGACUCCUAGAGUACCUACGUGAGUCCUGAAACCAAGAGACAAUGUGGUCCCUGAUGGUUGACUGUACUGCUUCCUUCCAGUCCUCAGCACUUUCCAACAUCGAGACUCUUCUGUUAUAUAUCCACAUAGCCAAUAAAGCUAAUAAAAUUACUGUUAUUAAGAGAUUGUAGCAACAUUGGAAAUCCUUCUGUUACAGGUUACAUAAGAACACUUAUAAGUGCAUAUGAUCUCAGAAAUGAUGAUGUAGACUAACAUAUGAACAUGUUAAAAGUGAUUAUUUCAGGGUGAUGGAAUUAUCAGUGAUUUUUAUUUUCUUCCUAAUUUUUCUAUGAAGAUCAUGUAUUACUUUUAUAAUAAAAUA